AGGGGGCUGGUUAAUCAUGCAUCAUGUGGUGGCGUUGAUAGCCGAAAGACAGAGGGUACACGCACUAAUCGGCAGUUGUCUCAAUUGUUGAGUGUUAUGUGCCUUAUGUCCAAGGCUUGAUGCAAAACUACUAUCGAGCCGGGGGUCUCACUGUGAAGAAACAGAGAUCUAAUUAAGGUAUUAAUUAGAUGGGUUUAUGUUCCUUUCAUGGAGGUUAAUCUUCUUUUAGGUAUUUGAGCUCCGACUGGUUACUCAACCUGCAAAACAGAACACCGUUACUCGUUAAGAGGGGAAUGUGGGGGUUUCCCUCUUAACCGGGCUCCGGCGUGAGAAUAAGCGAUUGCUUUGAGAGUAAUUAAGUAGUAAAGAGUGAGAGCCGAGAGAAUAGAAUGAAUAACCUGAGGGAUGGAGUUCUCUAUUUAUAGCCAGAGUGGUGUAAGAGGUUGUGGGCUGAUGGGCCUUGGGCCAGAAACGGACAACGAAUAUGCUCUUUGCCUCGCUGGCCUCGACUGCUUAGUGGCUUCUAGAUGCUCGUCGGUGCUGGCGCACCUUGAUUGGAGCCACGUGUCAUUGUUGUCGGCCUUGUUGUCCCUUCUGUCAUCAGCAGACAAGUGGAGAUCGUGGGACAGUUGUCCCCGUCUCUUGAUUGGUGCCGUGUAGGCGUCCUUGUGUACUUAUCGUCAGAAGAUCGUGGCGCACGAUUGAACAGAGCCUGCUGGACGUUCAUUGGCUCUUUUUCCUGCCACUCGUACCCUGUGUACCUCUGUAGGUAACAGCGCGUCUUCUUAUGAAGAUGACUUUGCUUGGUGGCGACUAACCCGCGCGGGGCUAGUGUGUUCACUUAUACCAUUGUUUUCAUGCUAAGUGUUGCUAUCUGUCUUCAUUAUGUGCUCUUCCUCGCGCGGGGCUAAGUCAUAAUGUGACGUAAGUUGCGCGAGGCUGUUAUUAUCAAGUUGUUAUGCUAAGGAGUAUGGUCUCACGUGCAACCUGUUAUGAGGUUUGCGCGACUUUUUGGGACCAUACCCCUUCAAGUCCCCCCAGUCCAGUGCUGCACCAUGCGCAACGCAAGUGGUUGGAGCUCUGGACUUGAUAAAAAUAAGAGAAGGGGAAGUUGUCCUUUUGGUCUUGACUUGUAAGGCGCAUGUAGGAAACUGUGGUUUUCGAUGCGCAGGUACUAGGCAGGUGUCGAGUGAUAUCUUGUUUGUCCUUUUAAUCGCGCGAGGUGUUAGUAGUUUACGUAUAUCUGGCGCGAUUCUUGUGACUUCUGCAUGAAGUUACUUGCACGUUUUAUGGCGGGAAACUUCGAAAUUUGAACCUCUGACAGGUUGGUGAGAUAAGUCGCUGAGAGCGACGCUUGAGUUGACCCCUGGCACGGAUGUCAUCAUGCCGCCUGCGGCGGUUGCACUUCAUGUCAGGAGAGUGGAUGCCACGCGCGCGUGGUAACCGUCGUCCCUGCUUUUCCGCUUGACGUGGCAACCUCUCGUUGGUUGCCCCUGCGGCGAGUGCGGCACGGUUACCCAUCGCAUUAAAUGCGAUGGGUAUAUAUAUCCGAAGAGAAAGGUGAGAGAUUCACUUUCUCUUCGUUUCUUCUCCCUUUUUCUCUUUGAGUCUUCAUAUUGUUCUUCAUCUUCUUCAAACUUUCUUCAAAUCUUCAAACUUUCUUCAAGUUUUUUCCAGCUUUUUCUUGAAAUAUGAGUGAAGAACAUCAAGAAGCUCCUGUUAGUGAGGAGGGGCCAGUCCCAGUCCUGAGAUGGGACUUAGGUUUAUUCGAACAGAUCGUUCGAAGUUUUAGGUUUCCACCGGAGUGGGAUGCCCGGUACCCUGCUCAGGGUCAGACCGCGGCUGAUGCCCCACCCGGUUACAUUACUUUGUUCGAAGACUUCUUCCUUCAAGGAAACUUCCGGCUGCCGGCGACUAACUUCUUUGGUAGCAUAUUGUCCUACUACAAGUUUCAUAUCUCACAGUUAAGCCCACCUGGGAUGGUGAGGGUGAGGCACUUUGAGUUCUUGUGUCAAUCUCACGGCAUUGAGCCGACGGUGAAUAAGUUUCGUGUCUUCUAUCAACUGCAAAGAACAAUGGGGUUCUUUUCUUUUGCUAGCCGUGGUACGGCUAAGAAGAUUUUGUUGAAUCCUCCCAAGAGUUUCCACGACUGGAAACCCAAGUUCUUCUUCAUCCGGGAGGAAGUCUUGCCAAUAGCUAUGCCGUUUAGGGAAUGGACCGAGGUUAUACCAAAGGAGGACCUUCCUAUACCGAAGUCUGCUCAGUGGUAUCAGCAGCUUACCGCAACCCCUAACCGGGUAUUUGGGGAGAAUGUUCUGGUUGCUGCCAAGAUGAGUGACCAGUGGUCACCUAGUAGCAGGGAACUCCCGGUCUUGAAGAUCGGGGAUCAAGAGACGCAACUCUAUCAGGCUGCCUUCCCAGCCUUUGGUGGCUCCAUGGGCGUUCGCCCUCUGCGCGAUGAUGAGGAAGGCUGGUAUGACCAGAUAAAAGGGAACUUCAUGUUUCCUCCUGCUGACGUCUUCGCCUCGCCGCCGGAUGCAACUGAAGGUGUGUUGCGCGAUCUGGGGGUUGACCCAGAGGAGAAGAAGAAGAAACCUUCGAAGAAGAAAAAGAAGGCGGAUGUUGAAGUGACCAGCAAGGGUCCUGGCGCCAGUCGCGCAACUACUGCUGCUGUCAAAGCUAUGGGAAAGACUGGCGCUGGUGGGUCAAAGGGCUCUGGGAGCGCGGGUUCUCGUAACCCGGAUGCUGACGCAACUCCAUCUCAACCUGAGGAUGAAGAAGAAGAGGAAGAAGAGACUGCCCCGUUGAUUGGAAGAAAGAGGGGUAGAAGCGAGGCGACAACUGGUAUGGCCUCUGCGCCUGUUUCAGUUGUUAUUCCCGUUGUUGGGAAGAAAAGCAAGUUGCGCUCGUUAUACCAGUUUUCUCCUGAGAUCAAGAAGAAGACCCCUGAAAAGGGGGUUAAGUUUGUUGAACCCAGCACGAAAAGACCUAAGGUUGCCACUGAACCUUCCGAUUCUGCUGCGCGUGAUGCUGCGAAAACUGCUGAAGCGCAGCGAAAGGCAGAAGAGGAUCGGAGGAAAGAAGAGAGUAGGAUUGCUGCGCAGAAGAACGCUGAAGAGCGAAAGCGCAAAGAAGAGGAAGAGAAAAAGAGGAAGGAGGAGGAGGAGAGAAAGCUGGAGGCGGAGAGGAAGAGGAAAGCGGAAGAGGAGAGAAAGCUGAGGGAGGAGGCGGAUAGGCAGAGGAAGGCGGAAGAGGCGAGGAAAGAAAGAGCUGCCGAUCAGUCUUCUGUUCAAGGGCAGUCUGGUGUCCCAAAACCUCCCCCUGCUGCGCCGAUUGUUACCUCUAAGGGGUUAGGGCGCUAUGUGUCUAGUGGUGCAAGCUCUGGAGGAGCUGGGGGCUAUAACCCCAAUGUGAUAGGUGCGAAGGAUACCGUCGGGGACAUAUAUUAUAAAACUUAUACUGAAGAGGAACGUGGUGAUGCUCCUCAUCAAGCCCCUUGGAGCUUAAGGCAGAAGGAUACAUUUGUUGAAUUUGGUCCUUCUCGCGAUUGGUACUUGAACCAAUUCACUCCUGGCGAAGUUAACCGUCAAAAGGCGAAGCCGCAUGAAAUGUUGUAUCGCACUUACAUUCUUGCCGAGGCUAACGCUCGAUCUGCUAACCAUCAGAUAGUUCGUGAAUGGCGAACAAUGGUCAGAGAGCGCGCCGACUGGGAGGCUUACCGAGAACGUGUGCUAAAACGUGUUGGUGAAUUUGAGAAGGCUAAGGCCACAUUUGAUGAGGAGAGAGCCAAGUUUGAGGCUGAUAGGAAAGCUGAAGAGUGGGGUCGCGAGGGCCUGCAAAAGAAACUUCAUAAUGUGGAAGAGCAACUGGCCAAGGAGAAGGCCGAGUUCAAGCGUAUAUGCGCUCAAGACAACGAGCGUACUUAUGCUCUUCGCCAGAAGAUCGUUGGUCUUGAGGCUACAGUUGCGGACUUGACCUCAAAGGUGGAGGAAGCGCAGGGUGAAAAAACUGCCAAGCAGCAGAUGGAGGUUGAGCUGACUGAAGCCAAGGUGCAAUUGUCUAACAAGGACAAGGAUCUCCAUGCCAAGGACGUUGAGAUAGCGGAACUCAAGCGUCGCUUGAAUGAGCAAAUCGACAGAUGCGAGUCUUUGGAGAUUGACCUUGAGGCUGAGAAGGUCAAGGCCACCGAUGCCGAGGAGGCGCGUGCUGUCAGCACUGCGGCGCUUAACGUGGCUCAGACAAAUUAUUCUGAGGCCCAAGGCAUUGUGGACACGCUUGUUUCUGAAGCAGAAUGGAUGCGCACUCGGGGAAUAGUGCUGGUUGCCAACUCCAUCCUGAACGCCGGCGAGCUAGAUCGCGCUGUUGCUGCUCUUACGGAUGCGGCGCGUGCAGUUGGUCAUCGAGGAGGUUACCUGGAGUGUGCUGAUCACGUUGAGCGAAUGCUGGGACAAGAAUUCGAUACAAGUCAUUGCUCAGUGACGGAACAAGCUGAUGCUGCGCUGGCCAGUGCUGAGAACUCAUAUGACAACCUCUCCUUGCCCAUCAUGGACUUGGUUGUUAGUGCCUUAAAAAAGGAUGAUUGGUGUCAGCGCCUCAAGGCGAUCCUUGAUCCACCGAUUACUGUUGAAUCAUCUGAUGAGGAAGCAGCUGGUGAUGAUGGCGGAGGUGAUGACGAUGGCGACGAUGGUGAAGGGAACGAAGAUGAUGAUGGUGAGAAGAAAGAAGACAAAUAGAGUAGGUUGUUAGUUUGUUGAUAGGCGUUUGUGCCUUUGUUUCUGACUUGAUUGUAAGUGAUGCGCUUUUGCGCAGUUUUAAUGACAAUGAAAUGUCUUCGUUUUUUCUGUUGCAAUUAUUGCAUUGCUGUAAAAACUUAGGUUAAAUUAGCUCGAAUAAAUGGAAGCGUUAUCUAAGUAUAAGGUGGCCACCCGGUCUCGCGCUUUGUUUGCGGAGGACCUUGGAGGUGGUUUUGAACCAUCUCAAAAUGCUGGAGUGUUUUCGCGCUAAUCAGAAGUUUAACAUGCAUUUGUAACGAAAAAA